AUGUCGGUUGCGAAUCGCGCAGCACCCGAAAGUGGUCAUGAAAAAUGUGAUUUACUGAAGCAAUUUAACGAACUUUACCGCUGUAUCGAGCAGGAGAUACGUUCCCAUCGUCACGAGCACGAGCGCGUCCGUGCGGAUCUGCAGCACCAGCUCGAACGUGGUGUACACAGCACCAAACCAUUCGAUUCCGUGUACGAGCAAGACGGUGCCGAACCGUCAGUUGCUGAGCCGGAUUACAAACGUGUCAGCGAUGAAGUGAUCCGGAACCAGCAGAAUCAAAUUCAGCUGAUCAAAGAGGAAAAAGAAACGUUCGAGAAGCUGUGGCAAAGCUCUCAGUGUACAAUCCGUAUUUUGGAGCUCGAAAUACACGAGUACAGACGGCAACUGAAGCAGCCCAAGGGGGUACUUGAGGCACGGCAACAAUACGCGGCCGCCGUACAGCUGCUGGAAAAAAAUAUAGCCGACUUGAGGGGAGCAUUGGACGAAAAAAUAACCGAAAAUCGACACCUGCAACGUGAGCAGCAGGCAACAGCGGAACGGAUGAAGGUAUUGGAGGAAAAUGGAAAAGCGCAACAGCGAGAAGCGGAAGCGCUAACGAAGGCAAUCGACGAGCUGCGGACAAGUGAGUGUCAGCUGCGCUCCGAUCUCGACCGUACGAUGCGGGAUAAGUCGGAGCUGGAGACGCUGCUCGAUACGGCUGCCACACUAGCCAAACAGCACAUGAGCCGUGAAAAUCUCGCCCUCGCUAAAGUACAGGAAGCCCUACAGAUUGCGGACAGUGCGAUCGAGGAGAAGAAUUGCGUCGUUCGACGGGAGCAGGAUGCCCGGGAACAAUGUGACUUUCUGGCCUCCACCAUUGGGCAGGUGAUGGAGGAAGCGGCCCGCAAGGUGGAACACGAGCUCGGUGGACUGCGCAGUGGGUACGAGCGGCAAAUAGGCGAACUGGAACGAGCCCUUGACCAAACUCGGAGCGCACUGAAGAUACAGGCCCAACGAACGACCCAAGCAGAGACGCGGGCACGUACGGUGGAGGAAAAGUUUCGAACGUUGCUAAAAACGAACCAAAAUCUCGACACCGAUCUGAGGGCUGCUUCGAAGAUGAUUACCGAAAUGGAGCUCAAGUUGGAAGCACUUCAGAAAACGAUGGCCAAAGAGAAGGAAACCAAUCGAGCGUGCAGUGCACGAGAGGAAGACUUGCAGCGCCUGUUGGCCAACAGCGAGCAGCUGAAGGACCGUUGGAAGCGCGAGAUGCUUUCGGUAACGGACGAGCUGCGGUGCAAGAUUGCAACGAUGCAGCGAGAGAAUUGCAAGCUAACAGCGGAAAACAAUCAAUUAAAGGAUCAGCUAUUAAUGGCAUCGUCACCACCGAUGGUGACCGGCAACGAUGGAGGCGCCCAGUCGGUGUGA